AUGUCUGGAGGCUGGAAUACAAUAGAAUCCGACGCCGGCGUCUUCACCUUCCUCAUUGAAUCCCUCGGCGUCCAGAAUGUGCAAUUCGAAGAACUCAUCUCCCUCGAUCCUGAAUCGUUACAAGAACUCAACCCCAUCGGCGUCAUCUUCCUCUUCAAAUACCCGACAGGCGAGAAAGCAGCCAAGGAUAAACCCCUCGAUGGCGAAUUCGACUAUGCAGCGCUAGAAGGAGCUGAGGAGGAGGACGGGGAGCCGGUAUGGUUUGCGGCACAGACGAUCCAGAAUGCCUGCGGCACACAAGCCCUACUGUCCGUCCUACUCAAUAAAGACGGCGAGGCUGAGGAGGAAAGCGGCAAGAUCACCAUCGGACCCAACCUGAAAGAAUUCAAAGACUUCACCUCCGCCUUCCCCGCCGACCUCCGCGGGGAAGCCUUAAGCAACAGCGACCUCAUCCGCGACGUCCACAACUCCUUCGCCCGCUCCUCCCCCUUCGUCAGCGAUGAGACACGUCUAGCGACGGAAGAAGACGACGUCUAUCAUUUCAUCGCUUAUACCUCUAUCAAUGACACCCUCUACGAACUCGAUGGCCUGCAACCCGCACCCAUCCGCCACGGGGACCCGGGAGCCUGUCCCUCGGAAAUCUUCGCCGAUGCCGUUGUACCCGUGCUCAAACGUCGGAUCCAACGGUAUCCCCAGACGGAGAUCCGGUUUAAUCUCCUGGCUAUGUGUGAGGAUUUAAGGAUUAAGGCGAGGGAGAUUGGGGACACGGCAUUGUUGGCGAGGGAGGAGGAGAAGAGGAGGGGGUGGAGGUGGGAGAAUGCUUUGAGGAGACAUAAUUUCGUGGGGUUUGUGGGGGAGGUUAUGAAGGGGGUUACGGGGUUGAAGGUUAGGGAGGGGACGCAUGAGGUGUGGAUUGAGGAGGCGAAGGCGGCGACGAGGAAGAGGGUGGAUGAGCGGAGGGCUAAGGGUGGUGGUGGUGGUGGUGGUGGGGAUGAGAUGGAUGUUAGCUGA